UGACAGAUUGUGAUAUUUUUAAAACGUGAGGGUACAUAUCGGAUUGCCCAUAGCCAGUGCGGGUGCAAUAUUCGCCAAUCACUUGUUUUUUUGGAUUUUUAUAUUGAUUCGAGAUAGAGAUAAAUCAAUAGUGUAGAUAGUUUUGCCAUUCGCUAGCGUAAUGACUGUCACUGUAGAUCCACGUCGACCGGACAAAGUGAAUCGCUAUAAACCGGUGGACUCGGGCAAUCAAGGUUCUGGCGUCGGCGAUGACCUUAUGCCGGACUACAUGAAUAUACUAGGUAUGAUUUUCUCUAUGUGCGGUUUAAUGAUGAAAUUAAAGUGGUGCGCCUGGCUGGCGCUUUACUGCUCCUGUAUAAGCUUUGCCAAUUCCCGGGUCAGUGACGAUGCGAAACAGGUGUUGUCCUCAUUCAUGCUGAGUGUGAGCGCUGUCGUGAUGUCGUACCUUCAAAACCCGACACCGAUGACUCCCCCGUGGCAAUCGGUGUAGGAUGUAGGACUAUACCAAUUUGAAAGAACAAUCAAGAAUAUCUAACUAGGUAAGAGGCCUAAACUGCGAAUCCAAAAUGUGUUUCUUUCUAUAGAACGUGUGCAAUCGGUUGUCUUUAAAA